AUUUGGAAGAGUUGAAAUAGCCACAGGACGAGAUCUUCAUAAUAAAUCACUAAAUUAUUCAUAUGCUUGAGUCUUAUUAAGCACAUCAUACCAUAUAAAGUGAAGACAAAAGAACAUUAUAAUUCCAGAAAAUAUGUACCGUUACGAGAAAUGCAAUUAAAAUAUAAUUACACCCACGUUAUUUAAUUUUGAUUUUCACAAUACAUAAGCAUUUACUGACACACACGAAAAAUAAUGGUAUAGAGAUACAUAAAUGUAUACGUAUAGAAAGAGAGAGUUCGAAAAAUAUUCAGUACGGAGUACUUUUACAAUUUGUCAUUUUGACAGUCAUCUGUUCCGACCAAUGCCCAACAGGAGAAAAUGCAAAUCAAUUGAGAGAGAGAGAGAAAAAAAGAGAGAGAAGGAAGUUGGAGAAUAUAUUUACACAGCGGAAAAUGGGGUGAAAUGUGAAAAAGUAGCGGCUGAAGUGGUUUUGAGAACAACAGCUGCUGAGCAAGACUCUGUUUUCUUUAGCCUUUUUUGUGUCUGGAGUUAUGGCCAACAUAUCACAUUCAGAGUCAAGUCGCAUGUAUUCUUGGUGGUGGGACAGCCACAACACACCAAAGAACUCAAAAUGGCUUCAAGAUAAUCUUACAGAUAUUGAUGGCAAAGUCAAAUCCAUGAUCAAGCUAAUUGAAGAAGAUGCGGACUCGUUUGCUAGACGGGCAGAGAUGUACUACAAAAAACGGCCUGAAUUAAUGAAACUUGUGGAAGAGUUCUACCGAGCUUAUCGAGCUCUAGCCGAAAGGUAUAAUCAUGCGACUGGCGAGCUCAGGCAUGCCCAGCAAACCAUGGAAAAAGCAUUUCCAAAUGAAGUAGUGCCUUUUGAACUUGUUGAGGACAACUCACCUUCACACGCAUUAUUCAAUCAGAAUCUUGAAGAUAAGGUUCUUAAUGAGAACGAGAAAGCGAAAAAUGCUGAAAAUGAAGUUGAAUGCCUAAAGAAAGCACUUGCAGAUAUGAAAACUGAAACAGAAGAGGUUCUCAGUGAGUAUAAAAAGUGUCUUGAGAAGUUAUCUGAAGUCGAGAAUGAGCUGAAUAACGCGCAAAACGACUCGAAUGGGCUCGAAGAGAAAGCCAGUCGAGCUGAAAUCGAGGUCCAAACUCUGAAGGAAGCACUUGUACAGUUUGAAGUCGAGAAAAUUGCUCAGAUGAUCAAACAAAACGAUUAUUUGGAGCAAAUCUCUCGUCUGGAGGCUAUGGCUUCUCGAUAUCAAGACGAAAUGAAGGGACUCGACAGCCGAGCGUGUGAAGCAGAAAGCGAAGCUCGAGAAUUGAAAGACGAAGUUUCGAGAUUGGAACUGGAAAGGGAAAUGGUGGUUAAUCAGUACAAACAGUGUCUCAAGAAAAUAUCAGAUGUUGAAAAAAUAAUAUCGAGUAAUGAAAAAAAAGCUGCAUUGCUUAAGCAGCGAGCGGAAAAAUCUGAAAAUGAAGUCUUUGAACUGAAAAUGGCUUUUGCCAAUUUGAACAAGGAGAAAGAAGAUAUGGCUCUCGAGUACAAGCGGUGCUUGGAGAAAAUAUCCAACCUCAAUAAAGAUUUGUCCACUGCAAAAACCAGCAUCGAACGGCUUAAUAAAGAAGUCAUGUUCGAAAACGAGAGGUUAAAAACCGCCGAAAACAAGUGUGCAUUCGUGGAGACAUCUAAUAAAUCUUUACGGAUCGAGGCUGAUCUUUUGGUGAAAAAAAUCACGAUUAAAGAUCAAGAACUCGUGAAAAAGCAGGAGGAGUUGGACAAAAUCGAGAUGUGUUUGAAAGACGAGCACUCGCGGCACGUGAAAGUCGAAGCCACUCUGGAGAAUCUUCAGAAUUUACACUCCCAAUCUCAAGACUAUCAGAAGGCUCUAGUCUCGGAGCUUAAUAAUGUGGUUCAAAUGCUAAAAGACGUGGAAGCUUGCAAAAAUGUGUUGGAAGUGGAAAUUGAGAAGGUUAGAGAUGAAAAUUGCAGUUUGAGCCAAACUAUUGAGUCUUCAUCUAUUUCAGUGGAGAACAUGCAGAAUGAAAUUCGUGGAUUAAAAGAGAUGAGGGGGAGACUUGAAAACGAGGUAUCGCGCCACGUGGAGGUAACUCUUUCUCUUCAGGAAGAGAUUUUUUGCUUGAAACAGGAAAUUGUGGGGUUGAACCAAAAUUACCGAGAAGUAGUCCAGCAAGUCGAAGCAACUGGUUUGAACCCAAAAUGUGUUGAGGAUUCAAUUAAGAGCUUGCGUGAUCAAAACACGACACUUAGACAGAAUUGUGAGCAGGAAAAUAUCGAGAAAGCACUUCUCUCUAAGAAGUUGGAGGAAAUCGAAGAAAAAUUAAAGAAAAAAGUGAUUGUCGAAAGCUCCCUAUCGGAUUUGAAUGCUGAGCUGGCAAUCUCGCUUGGGAAGGUGAAGGAAUUGCAAGAAUCGAGCGACCUUCUACGGGGAGAAAAUGCCAAUCUUUUUGCCGAGAAGGCUUCUAUUUUGUCUCAGCUGCAUGCUAUGACUGAGAACAUGCAGAAUUUAUUGGGUAAAAAUGCUGUUUUGGAGGAUUCACUGUCCGCGGCAAAAAUGGAGCUUCAAGGUUUGAGGGAAAAGUCGAAGGCAAUUGAAGAAAUAUGCCAACUUCUUAAGAACGAAAGGUCUUUCCUUGUUUCUGAAAGGGAUACCUUAGUUUUGAAGUUGGAAAAUGUUGACCAAAAGUUGAAAUGCCUCGAGAAUCAGUUUACGGGUCUGGAAUUAAAUUUCACCAAUCUCGAGAGGGAAAAGGAAGCCAUGCACUGUGAAGUUGAGAAACUUAAGGUUUCUUUAUGUGAGGAAAAGCAAGAAAGAAAAUGUUCUCAGAUCAAAAGUGAGAUGAGAUUGGCUGGGCUCGAAAACAUUAUCCAUUUCUUGCAGGAGGAAAAUAGAUGGAAAAAGAAAGAAUCCGAGGAGGAACUAGACAAAUCAUUAAAAGCACAGUUUGAGAUUUCCAUCUUGCACAAAUUUAUACAAGAUAUGGAGGACAAAAACUGUGCUCUCAUUAUUGAGUGUCAAAAGCACGUAGAGGCAUCGAAAUUGGCAGAGAAAUUGAUAUCUGAGCUCGAGGGUGAAAGUCUCGAGCAGCAAAUGGAAGCUGAGCUCCUAUUAGAAGGGAUCCAGAGAUUGAGAUUGAGCAUAUAUCGAAUUUUCAAAAGCUUGGAAAACAGUCCUGAGCCUGACUGUGUUAUUGAGGAGAGUGAGGUCGAAUAUGAACAAACUUUUUUGCAUCAUAUUUUCGGCAGCAUUGAAGAUUUAAAAAGUUGUGUUUCGACAAAUGAGGAUGAAAAGCAGCAGCUUUUUGUCGAGAACUCAGUUCUACUAGCUCUACUCGAGCAGUUGGAGAAAAAGGGUAGUGAAAUCGAGUCGCAUAAGGUACUUUUAGAUCGGGAGUCAAAAAUAAUGGCCAAGAAACUUUUUUCUGCCGAAAAAGAAAAAGAAGAGCUUCUAGAGAUGAACAAGGUGUUAAAAGCUGAUGUGGCUGGAGGUCUUGAAGAAGCUUCCAUCUUUCAAGCUGAGUUGGAGAGUCUUUGUCUUAAACAAUCUUAUUUGCAGAAAUCUUACAAUUUGUUACAAGAUUCGUAUUCUCGAGUGAACGAGGAAAAUACGCAUUUGCUGAAGAAAUUUUGUGAACUAAAAGAGGAGAAGUUUCGGGUCGAUCAGCAAAAUGAAGCAAAUCUUCUGGAGCUCAUAGCCGCUGAUAACGAAACCAGAUUUUUAAGGAGUUUCGGGAGAGAGAAAAUUGUAGAAUUGAAAUCAAUUCUUGAAGAUCUGAAAAGGCAACAUGAUGUCAGCACGAGUCUUGAAGAGGAAAUGAAUGCCUUGAGAGAGAAACUAGAGUUGCAAGAGGCCGAAAAUUUAGUCCUUAAAGACGUAAUCUGUGGAUUGGAGAGAGAGACUCAAGAAAUCAAGGAAUGUAACGUAAAUAUGAAUGAAGAAAUAAUAAACAGCAAAGAGAGUUUAAGACAUACUGAAGCAAAGCUCUUGUAUACAGAGUUGGAGCUUGAAGCAGCUGAAAAAUCAAACUCACACUUGUACCAAACAGUGGAUGAGCUCAAGGCUGACAUUCACGAGUCCUUCGAGAUAAGGAAAAAUCUAGAAAAGAACGUGCUCAAGCUGGCUACAAAUAAUUCCACUCAGAAGAAGGAAAUUGAGAGUCUUCAUAUGGCCAAUGAAAAUUUAGAAUCUGAACUCGUUUUCCUUCAUCAAGAAGUGGAAGAAAAUGCAGUUCGAGAGCAGACUCUAAGUAACGAGCUUGAGGAAGUAAGCAACGAAUUUGAACUGUGGGAAGCGGAGGCAUCGGCUUUUUGUUUUGAUCUUCAAGUCUCCUCGAUUAAUGAGGUUUUGUUGAAAGAUAAGGUGGAAAAACUUAGUGGCAUGUGUGAGUCCCUCGAGCAUGAGCAUGAGGCGAAAAUUUUGGAGAUUGAAAGAACGAAGGGGAAGAUUUGUUCCAUGGAAAAUGAAGUUUGUGGAUUGAAGUCCCAUCUGCAUUCGUAUGCUCCUGUUAUAGCUUCACUUAGAGAAGAUAUAGCAAUUCUUGAGCAUAAUGCCUUACUUCACAUGAAGCUUAAAGAGGCAUAUAGUCAAGAGACAGAGCAUUUUGAGAUUUCACCUCAUCCCAGUCAAGAAGCUUCUCAUAUUCUUCCGGAAGAUCAGUCCCUUCUCAGCUUGCAAAACUUACAGAUGAGAGUGAAAGCAGUUGGAAAGAUGAUUGAAGAAACAUAUAUACCCUCUGUGCAGAGAGGAUAUUCCUCUCGAUCAAAAUCCAAAAGCUCCGAGAGCCGAAAUUCAGCAUUCAUGAAGGAUAUUCCUCUCGAUCAAGUCUCUAAUAACAGUUCAAGACGCGGAACACGGAAGAAAAACAACAGUAAAGCCGAAUCUGAUGAUCCAAUGCUCGAAUUGUGGGAAACUGCCGAAGUUGGUAAUAAAUUGAAGAUUAGGGAUGAUUAUUAUAAUAAUACACUGCAUGAUGGGUAUGAAAAUGUGAAAGAGUUGGCUGUGGAUAGUUUGAAGCCGUUUGCAAGAAAAAUCGAGCCUAACGACGCGAAGAUCCUCGAACAUCUCUCCUCAGAUUCCCAAAAACUCAAAAUUCUGAGGCAGACAUUAGAAAGCUUGAGAAGGAAAAUGGAGACGAACAAAAAAAGGCGAAAGGUUAGAAAUGCCGAUUUUCAGGCUGUUCAUGAGCAGUUGCAGGAAGCGGAGGACAGUAUCGUCCAUUUGGUGGAUUUGAACGGUCAACUUGUGAAAAACAUUGAAUAUUGUCCGAAAGAUGAAUUGACUGAGGCUUUGACAAUGUGGAGAAUGAAAGUUGUCGAGCAGGCUGAAAAGGGGUCUGAGAGAAUCGAACGUCUGCAGUUGGGGCUUCAGAAAGUUCAGUAUGUGCUGUUGAGAAUGGAAGACGAGAAGAAGAGUAAGGGGAAAAAUAAGUUCCUUAAGAGCAGAGCUAUAAUUUUGCGGCACUUUAUUGAUAAUGGGAGGAAAAACAGCGGUAGGCAAAAGAAAAGUCCUCGUUUUGGAUGUUUUAAGCAGUCGACGAGUAGAAAUGCGAACGGUUCUUGAGUUAUUGAAAGACCAUGUGUGUUUGGAUUUGGCCGAACAGAUUAUUGUGUAUGAUGUUUGGUAGGAUUAUCUGAUUCACGCUUUAGUUUGGAUAUAAGACUUCUGUCAUUUGAAUAAUCAAGGAAUGUUGAGGAUUAGCUUUUCAUUUGAUUGUAACUAUCUGCUUGUGUUGUUUCUAGUUCUUUGGAUCAUUGCUUUUCUGUGCUAUUUGUGAAUGUCUGUAUAAAUUAUGAAAUAGUUUUAAGAAAUGGUUGCAGUUGUUG